AUGUCUUCAGAACCAAAAACGGCCUCGCGGCCCUCGCCAGCCCUCACUCACGAAAUCCAAAGCCGAAUAGCCGCCUCCCCAGCAUCCAUUCACGUUCGUAACCUACAAACUACCCUUCCCAUAGGAACAGACGCUUGGGGGCGUCCGAAUAAAAACCAGCCAGUUCUCAUAUCCUGCUCUGUACAUUUACGAGAUCCGUUCAAUACAGCUUCAGAACAGGAUGCUGUGACAGAAAGCACAGUACAUUACGGUACAUUGAGUAAAACUCUUCUCGAAGCAUGCGAGCUUUUCAAACCAGAUCUCGCAGGAGAAAAACGAUUGAGGGCGAUUGUGAGUGUGCUGCAGAAUUACCUUUUUGGCAACGAGGAUCCUUUCAUUCGAGGCAUAUCGGGAAUGACAGAGUCACUUCUUACACCAGAAAUUAUGAAUGUCCUAACGACCAAGGUACAUCUGCCUAAAGCUUCGCUGCUCGGUUCGGGUGUAAGUCUAACACUAUCAACAACAUAUACAUCGACUUGCCUUUUAGAGAACAUAUCUUCAACACUCCGAAUUCAUGAUUUGAGAAUCCCAACGUUGAUAGGCGUGAAUUCAAACGAACGACUUGCAAAACAAAUGGUCGUUGCAAAUGUAGAGCUGGAUAGAUGGUUCUCUGUAAACGAUGCUUAUGUCGAAUUAGAAAAAAUCGUUACAGCUAUACUUGAAGCAUCAUCCUUCCAAACGCUAGAAUCACUAGCUUCACAUCUAUGCCACUUAAUCAUCGAGAAAUUUGUGGUUGCCAAUCCAGAAUACCCUUCGUUAACCAAAAUCUGGGGGUAUCCCGUCGUCAAAGUAGGGCUUGAAAAGCCUACUGCGGUUACAAUGGCUGAUGCACCUUGUGUUGAGUUGGUUGUUGACACAGACCCGACAAAGAAUUCGAUAACGAAGGGGUUGUGGGACGCAUCUAGGAAGUGA